CCCCACGCUACGACGACCUUGGACACUGCGCUCUCUCUCUUCUGGGCUCCCGCCCUCUCUUCUCUCUUAGGUCUCAUCAGCCGGUGUUGGACAAGUGCGGAGAUGGCCAGAUGCUCGGGCAGUGACACCACAGGCCAAAUUCCCUUGAGGCACUAGUCUUGGAGCUCUUGUCCUCCCUGCAUUGUGAUCCGUCUGACCAGUCUGACGCCCCCCUUUCGAGUCGUCCGAUCUUUCCCCAGACUGCUGAGAGAUACUGCGUGAGCUAUUCAUGAAAGCAGAUCGGACGGUAAUUAGCGAGGAUUGACAUGCCCCUCCGAGCAUGCCAUGGUUGUGUUACAGACGGCAACAGGAAUGGAAGGCCAGAAAAGCCCUCACCCUGACAAUCUGGGGAAAAGUGGGCCAGAUCUUCUCUCCUGUGCGCCCCAGCACGGACAUUCAAGGCACUGCAGAUGAAUCUUCCAUCCAGGACCGCCAACCCAUCUGUCCCCCAAAGCAGGCACGGAUGGCUUGGAAGUGGCUCCUGUAGGCACUGGAUGUAUUACAUCUCUUCCCGUGACCAAAGACAAAUUCAAUCUGGCAGGUCUGUGAUCUUGUCAUGGACGACUGGUUCCCUGUUUAUGCUCACGGCACUACGGGAAGGCUCCGUGCAAAAUAGGCAGAGGCAGCCUGAAAAUGACUCUGUAGUAGGACUAGGUACUACAACUAGCUGUUCUGUAAACGCCCAUAGUCAUACUAUUAAUACUACUAAUCAUACCUACUUACUUCCAGGCAGUACACAAAUGAAAUCGCGACCGACGGAUCGCCGUGUUGAGGGUCCUGGUCAACGGUCUGUCCUCCAUCGCAGGUGGUCUCCUCACUCGACCUUUCCCUCCCACUCUGUCUUUCCCCUCUCAUCAGAUGUUCAGCUUUCCCUGACAUGAGGAGACAGCGGCCUUUUAUUGGAGGACUAUGUUUCCGAGGGCUUGGACCUCACGGCUGACGGUGAUUCGAAACGGCUGGCGAAGAGUAGUCGUCCGCGCCAUCUGCCAGACGACGAAUUCGGAAGUGGAGCUGGAGCUUAGGCUGGCUGGAGCUCGAGCUCGGAACUUGAGAGGCUCUGGCGCCGUAUUCUUUUUCCC